GAAACAACGUUAGAAAGUGAGAGUUUUUAUUUCAUGUAAUUAUUACGUUAUUUUAUAAUAUUAGUUAUCGUAGUACAUUCUUUUAGUUAUUUUGUGUGCUGCAAUUUUCUUUAAAAAUGUCAUUUAAAUUCAAUAUAUUUGUAUUAACUUUCAAUUCAAUUGAGAAUAUGUCAUAAACGGAAUGUAAUUCAAUUGCUAAUUCAGUAAUAAACAAAAUACAUAAUGGAAACAAAAGAAAGAUUUUCAUUGUUACUACUAGAACCAGGAGAAUAUUAUUUUGAAGACUAUAUUGCUUCAUUAGCAUAUGCUAAUAACAGCCCAUGGCUUUGUGGACGACUCAAAAUAUGUUCACUAUCUUUGGUUUUUGAUCCAAAAGAUCACUAUAAACCAAUUAUGAAAAUUCCUUUUACACAGUGUGAAACAAUAUCUAAAAGCAUGGAUGAUGAAAAAAAUACAAUUAUUAUUGUAAGCAAGCAAUACAUUGGAAUGUUAGAGCACAAUGUUUUAGAGCCAUAUAAAUUUGUUAAUGAGGUUUCUGUAUUUAAAAUUAAUUUAAAGUAUGCCAAAAUUGAAGAUUGUCUUUCUCUUAUAUUACAACUACACAGAGCAUCAUCAUUACAAACUCCGGAACAUAGACAUAUGGCUGCAGCAAUAGCGUAUAGUAGACAGUCAUUAACUAAAUUUGAUCCUACAUGGUUGGAACUUGGAGAAAAUAUAAUAAUGGAAGUAGUGGGCCAAAAAAUAACACCUUUAAGCAUUAAUCCAGGCCGAAUUGUGUUAACUAGUGUCCAUGUAUACUUCCAGCCGUUCAAUAACAUUGAGGUGACUCUGUAUUUAAAAAUUAAAUUGUCCGAAAUAAAACGUAUUAUAAAAAGAAGAUUUCUUUUACAACAAGUCGGUUUAGAAUUUGAGUACGAGAAUACACAAUUGUAUUUGACAUUUAAAAACAGUGAAAUAAGAGACAGUCUUUACAACUGUUUGUUAAAUCAGACUAAAUUGAAUAUGGAAAAAUGUGAUAGGUGUAUUAUGACAUUAAAAUGGCAAAACGGAGCUAUAUCCAACUUUGAGUACUUACUGUACCUAAACAGUUUGGCCGAUAGAACAUUCAAUGAUCUCACACAAUAUCCAGUGUUUCCAUGGGUAGUAGCAGAUUAUUUAUCACCCACCUUAGACUUAAAUAAUUCAAAAACGUUCCGUGAUCUUACUAAGCCAAUUGGUGCAUUAAAUCCAGAACGCUUAUUAAAACUAAAGGAGAGAUACUAUGAAAUGAAUUCCCCUAAAUUCUUGUAUGGAUCUCAUUAUUCAACUCCUGGAUUUGUUUUAUUUUAUCUGGUACGAAAGUAUCCUCAGUAUAUGCUUUGUUUACAAAAUGGCAGAUUCGAUCAUCCAGAUCGGAUGUUUAACAGUAUUUCAGAUGCAUGGCGAAAUGUGCAAAACAACAUGUCAGAUUUCAAAGAAUUAGUUCCUGAAUUUUAUGAUGUUAGCCAAAAUGGAGAUUUUUUAAUUAAUAAGUAUGGUAUUGAUUUUGGGUAUCGACAUGAUGGUCGAAAGGUUGGUGAUGUUGAAUUACCAAAAUGGGCUGCUAGUCCAUCUGAUUUUAUAUCGAAAUUGCGUCAAGCAUUAGAAUGUGAUUACGUGUCUAAUAAUUUACAUCAUUGGAUUGAUCUAAUUUUUGGAUACAAGCAAAAUGGCGCUGAAGCUAUAAAAUCUAAUAAUGUGUUUUACUACUUAUGCUACGAGGGAGCAGUUGAUUUAAAUAACGUUCGAGACUGGUACCAAAGACAUGCUUUAGAAGUACAAAUAAUGGAAUUUGGGCAGAUACCAAAACAAAUUUUUGAAAAACCACAUCCACCCAAAACAUGUUCACUCAGUAGAGAUUUUGGACAGCUAGGUCUGUCGUCGAAAUUAGACCAAUAUUGGAAUUGGAAUAAUAUCAACUUAACAAAAUGGUUUACAACUACAGCACAUAAAGAUAUUGCUAGUAGUGUGAAAUUUUGUAACGAUUCACAUACAGUUUGGUCAGUAGGACACGAUGCAAUGCUGAAAGUUCACUGUUUAUCUACUAAAAAGCAAAUUCGUAAUGUCACCAUUCAACGAUUUCCAGUUAAAUUUAAUGACAUCGUUUUACCAUCAAAACAUCCCUCUACAGCUUUAAUUGCCACAAUGCAUGGGUCUUUAAUUGUUUACGACAUUGAUUGUUGUCGCGUAACUGAUGAUUUUAGAGCACAUGAAGAUUCUAUAACUUGUUUAGCCUUGGCGAACAAUGGUUAUUUAAUUACUGGUUCUACUGAUUGCUCUGUGCGUAUCUGGGAAACUCCACUAGCUCCAUGGACACGUCUUGAACUAAUUGAGUCAUUAAAAGCUGAAUUAGAACAUGAAAAUAAAGUUUCUUGUGUGGCUAUUUCUAAGAAUGACAAACUUUUAGCUACUGGUACUAGUAAUGGUGAGAUUUUUCUCUGGUCUUUUUCAGACUUUUCAUUUAUACAGCAGUUACCAGGACAUUUAAAUUGUGUGAAUAAUUUGUGCUUUAGUCCCGAUCAUUCAAAGUUAAUAUCAUGUUCAGAUGAUUGUAGUUUUAAAGUAUUUGAUUCUAUGAGCGGAUUAGAAGUCUAUACCAAUACACUUCAAUGGCCGUUAAAAUGUCUUACGUGGGAUGGUUAUCAUGUGUAUAUCGGUGAUCAAAAUGGCACUUUGUACUUCUGGGAUUUAGAAAAGUUCCUGCUUGUUAAAGAAAUACAUGCUCACGAUGGAGCUCUUCUAGCCAUAGACGUGUUUAAUGAUGGUAGAAUAAUAGCUACGGCAGGUCAUGACCAUUUUAUUCACUUAUGGAAAUUAGUAUAAUUAUUGUGAUAUUUUAUAAAAUCUAUUUUUACUUACCAAAACUUGUUCACUAUUAUUUUAUAAAAACUGAAUUUAAAAAAAAAGUUAUAU